CUUUCUUGAUCCCAUUUUAAACCCUCAGAAACCGUUUCUUCCAUUUCCAUCCAAUACUUUGCUCACAAGUCACAAGCAGCAAAAGGAAUUUCAUUGUUUGUUCGUCAUCAAAGGUACCGUCGUCAUUCUACUUCGCUUCUGAUCGUUUCUUUUGUCAAUUCCUAAUGGUUUUGUUUGCUCUUUCUAACAGAUGUUAACUUUUUCCGUUAAGUUCAGUUGAAGAUAUGAAUGUAUUAAGAAAGCAGGCUUCCAUACUCAGAGAGCAGGCCAUUCUCAAGGAUUUUGUCGGAGAACUUCGUGUGACAGACGUGGUUCGGGCCCUGGCCAACUUUUACGCUGCACAACUCCUAGUAUGUUCCAAACAAGUCUCCACCUCGUACUCCAAUGUUCGGAUCAUUCAUGCCCACAUGAUUGCGUCUGGGUUCAAGCCACGGUCUCACAUCCUCAACCGGUUGAUGGAUCUGUACUGCAAAUCGUUCAACCUUGCAUAUGCUCGCCACCUGUUCGAUGAAAUCCCAGAACCAGAUAUCGUUGCAAGAACGACUUUUAUUACUGCAUAUUCUGCCUCUCGAGAUUUAAAGCUGGCAAGGGAGAUAUUUAACAAAACCCCUUUAAAUAUUCGGGAUACCGUUUGUUACAAUGCCAUGAUAACAGGCUGUGCUCAUAAUAGUGAUGGUAACGCAGCAAUUGAGCUCUUUUGUGACAUGAAAAGACAUGGAUUUCGGCCUGAUAACUACACUUAUACAAGCAUGUUGGCUGGAUUGUCCCUUAUAGCUGAAUACGAAUUGGAUUGUCAGCAGCUACAUUGUGAAAUUGUGAAGUCAGGAACAGCGUCUGUCACAUCCGUGGUAAAUGCCCUAAUGUCAGUAUUUGUUAGGUGUGCUUCUUCCCCCUUUGUAACGUCUUCUUUGUUGAUGGAUGCUGCAAGAAAAUUGUUUGAUGAAAUGCCACUUAAGGAUGAGUUGUCAUGGACUACAAUUAUCACAGGGUAUAUAAAAAAUGAUGACCUAUAUGGUGCGAGUCAAGUCUUUGAUGGUAUGAAUGAAAAGUUAGCGGUUGCAUGGAAUGCAAUGAUUUCCGGAUACACGCAUAAAGGGAUUGUUCCGAAAGCAUUAGAACUGUCCAGAAAGAUGCAUUCGUUGGGAAUCAAGUUUGAUGAAUUUACUUAUACAAGUAUCCUUUGUGCUUGUGCUAGCGCUAAAUUGUUUUUGCUUGGAAAACAAUUACAUGCUUACAUGAUUAGAACAGUAACAAACCCAUCUCGGGACUUUCUAUAUAGUGUUAACAAUUCAUUGAUUACAUUGUAUUGGAAAUGUGGUAAAACGGAUGAUGCAAGGAAAAUCUUUGAUAAGAUGCCUAUCAGGGACCUUGUUUCAUGGAAUACCAUUUUAUCUGCUUAUGUUGAUGUAGGGCGGAUUGGAGAAGCCAGAUCUUUCUUUAGUGAAAUGCCAGAAAAGAACCAGUUAGCAUGGAGUGUUAUGAUAUCUGGAUUUGCACAAAACGGAUCUGGUGAAGAGGGUUUGAAGUUGUUCAACCAGAUGAGAUCAAAUGAAUGUCAACCAUGUGAUUAUGCAUUUGCUGGUGCCAUAAUUUCCUGCGCAGUGCUUGCAUCAUUGGACCAUGGUCGCCAACUCCAUGCUCAGCUUAUCCAAUCAGGUUUUGAAUCAAGCCUGUCUGCAUCUAAUUCUUUGAUUACAAUGUAUGCUAGAUGUGGGGUUCUUCUAGAUUCACAAACCGUGUUCUCUACAAUGCCUUGUUUGGAUUCAGUAUCUUGGAAUGCCAUGAUUGCAGCGUUAGGGCAACAUGGGCAUGGUGUUCAGGCAGUGGAGCUUUUUGAACAAAUGUUGAAAGAGGACAUAAUUCCUGACCGAAUAACAUUCCUCACAAUUCUUACCUCUUGUAGCCACGCAGGUCUGGUUGAAGAAGGUCAGCAAUAUUUUAAUUCAAUGUAUGAGCUAUAUGGCAUAACCCCAGGUGAAGAUCAUUUUGGUCGUUUGAUCGACUUGUUGUGUAGAGCUGGAAAGUUCUCUGAAGCAACAGAUGUGAUCCAAAAAAUGCCUUUUGAUCCAGGAGCACCUAUCUGGGAAGCACUGCUAGGUGGAUGCAGAAUUCAUGGAAAUAUGGAGUUAGGGGUCCAAGCUGCAGAGAAACUCUUUCAGUUAAUUCCACAUCAUGAUGGGACCUACAUACUUCUGUCAAACAUGUACGCAAACUUAGGCAAAUGGAACGAUGUUUCCAGGGUUCGGAAUUUGAUGCGGAUUCGAGGAGUGAAGAAAGAACCAGCUUGUAGUUGGAUCGAGGUUGACAGUAUGGUCCAUGUAUUUUUGGUGGAUGACACUAAUCACCCUGAGGUUCAAGAAGUAUACAAGUACCUUGAGGAAUUGGUUUUCAAGAUGAGGAAACUAGGGUAUGUUCCGGAUACAAAAUUUGUGUUGCAUGAUAUGGAAAAUGAGCAAAAGGAAUAUGCAUUAUCUACUCACAGUGAGAAGCUUGCAGUUGCUUUUGGGCUUUUAAAGCUUCCUUCUGGAGCCAUGAUCAGGGUCUUCAAGAACCUGAGGAUUUGUGGGGAUUGUCACAAUGCCUUUAAGUUCAUGUCACAAGUUGUGGAGAGAGAAAUUGUUGUAAGAGAUGGGAAGAGGUUUCAUCAUUUUAGGAAUGGGAAAUGUUCUUGUGGCAAUUACUGGUGAAAAGCACCUUGUACAUAGCUUCAUCCAAUGUUGCAUCUCAUUGGCGUUCCUUUCGGUAUUGGAAAGGAAAUAUACAUCCCAUUUGGUAGAUAGGUACGUUGAACUUUCUUACAUCACCUUCAAGCAAACUUUAUGUUAGAUGGCCAAGAAAAGUCACUAAAGUAGAUAAUAUGGUGAAAACCGUCAUUUGCAGAAAGUAUAUUGUAUCAAUCAGCAACAAUAGAAUUGGGGAUCACAUCACUUGCAUGGUUACAUAGAUAACAAUAAGUGAUUCUGACUUGGAGAGCAAAUGAUGGUUGCACAUUAAGGGUAUACGUCAAUGUUGCAUUCUCCAAGAAAACCAUGUGGAAAGGUUUACAUGCUUAUUUUACUUUCUUUGUUCUUGUUAUUGUUUAAUCCGUGAAAACUACAGUUGAACACCACCCACUAGACUCGUCUUGAG